AUGGCGAUGCUCUGCACCCUGAGCGUCCUCCUGAGCCUCCUGGUGCCAGCUCACACCACCAGGUCACCUGACUGUGGGGGCAUCCUCACCCCCUCUGGACUGAGAUACCUUGCUGAAGUUUCAAAGCCACAUGCAGAGUCAGUCCUCAGGAGGGACCUCAUGGACUCCCCAGCCCCAUCUCCCACCUCUCCAAGUAGGAACCACAUUACCUCUGUCAAAGUUGACAAGUUUUCCCUGACCCUGGUCCCCGACACGGGGAUGCGGCUGAGCAUUGAGGUGGACCUGGGCAUCACAUCUGCCCCCUCAAGCACCAAGGAGAUGAGGCUGUCCAUCCUGGCAGACCUCCAUGUGGACAUGAACCCCGAAGGGAACCUGGAGCUGGUGACCUCUGACUGCAAACCCACCCUGGAGGAGGUGCAGAGCACUGAGGAGACAGACAGCAAGUCCUCGGGCUCGGACGUGGACAAGCACAUCAACGUUGAAAAAAUCUGCCUGGAAGUCUCCAAGUUGCUGCUUUUCCCGAAUGAGCGGCUGAUGUCUCUGGCAGCUCCAUUCCCCAUCACACCCAACUGCCAAGUCCAGUACCUGCCCCUGGCUGCCCCCAUGUACUCUGAGCAGGGAAUCAUCAUCUCUUUGCAAACAACUUUCCAAGUGGCAGGGGCAGUGAUCCCCCUGCCUGUCAGCCCUGUGCCUUUCAGCAUGCCCGAGCCAGCGAGCUCCAGCCCUUCCCACCUCAUCCUGGCCUUCUCUGAGCACUUCUACACCAGCUUAUUCUCUGCCUUGGAAGAGUCUGGAGCCCUCAACGUGAGUCUCCUGAGCUCGCUGACCACGGCCACCUUGGCUGAGAGGAUCACUCAGAUGGGCUCCCUCUUCCAAGAGGACCUGCCAGUGGUGCUUCAAGCUGUGACCCGGAGCUCUCCUCACGUGGUGCUGGAGGAGGACAAAGCAAUCGUGCAGCUCUUCCUCACUGCCCAGAUUGGAGCGGGAUCAUCCCCCUUCCAGAGCUUCCUGAGUGUCAACGUGGACGUGACUGCCAGGCUCCAGCUCAGCGUCGCUGACACCAGGAUGAUCAUCUCUGUGGCAGCCGUAGAGGAUAUCGGGCUCAGCCUGGCCACCUCUGAUGUGGGUCCUAUACUGGCUGCCUUGCUGGAGGAGCUGUUCCUGCCCACAAUCCGUGAGGAGGUGCCAGCCCAGAUAAACAAGGUCCUGAGACAAGGGGUUUUCCUGCCUCACAUCACCAGUUUCACUUACACCGAUGUCAACAUCACCAUCCACAAGGAUUAUGUCUUGAUCCCCUGCAACCUCCAGCUGGAGGCAAGGACUGGAGAGGCAAGAACCUGGGAGUGA